ACUAGAUCAAACAUGAAACAACAUCAAUUAAAUUACAACUCUUUUGAAAAUGGAGAAGCUAACUACUCUUUUGCUAGCUCUAGUCCUCUUCAUCAUAGCCGCAGGUGCCAACGCACAACAGUGCGGCAGGCAAAGUGGUGGAGCCUUAUGUAGCGGUAACUUAUGUUGCAGCCAACAUGGGUGGUGCGGAUCGACACCCGAAUACUGUUCACCUAGCCAAGGCUGCCAGAGUCGCUGCAGCGGUGGCGGUGGAGGUGGUGGUGGUGGUAGUGGUGGUGGAAGUGCGCAAAAUGUUCGUGCAACAUAUCAUAUGUAUAACCCACAGAAUGUUGGGUGGGACUUGAUGGCGGUUAGUGCAUACUGUUCAACUUGGGAUGCUAAUAAGCCAUUGGCGUGGAGGAAGAAGUAUGGUUGGACUGCUUUCUGUGGCCCUGUUGGACCUCGUGGCCAAGCCUCCUGUGGCAAGUGCUUAAGGGUCACAAAUACACGUACAAGAGCUCAGGCGACGGUGAGAAUCGUGGAUCAAUGCAGCAACGGCGGACUAGACUUGGAUGUUAACGUCUUUCGACAGAUCGACACAGACGGAGUAGGAAAUCAACAAGGUCACCUUAUUGUGAACUACGAGUUUGUUAAUUGUGGUGACAAUGUUAAUGUUCCUCUCAUGUCUAUAAUUGACGAAGAAUGAGAAGCUAAAUGGUCUGUUUAGUCUGAUGAGUAUAAAAGUCAUCUUUGAAGGUUCAAAUAAAAGUAAAAGAACGAAAUGAAAAAGAAAAUAAGGUUACUUUGAAGGGGUACUCAUGAAUGUCUUCAUUUUGGAUAGAAUGGGUAAAAUUUGUUUCAUCUCUGUGAUCAUUGUGUACUCGACUAUUUUGAAUUUUAAAUAAAGAAUUUCAAGUACUCUUGUUUGGA